CUUUUCACUAUAAUAUCUUUUAACUCUAAUACUAAGAAUUUUGAAUAAGCACGUGAUUUGUUGGUUCGCCUGAAGGUGAUGUAUAUAAAUUUGAUAUUUAAAGCAUAUCUUAUCAGUGUAUAUAGUUAUAGCAGCCUUAAAUGUUCAAAUUGAAAAAUGUUUUUGAUAUAUAAAUACAUUUUAUACUGAACUUUGAAAUGCUCGAAGGCACGUAACUCUACAUAAAAACUAAAUAACAUUUGGUGCGUGAUCUGUAAUUUUUCUAUAGUCUGGAUAUCCCCGUCGAGAAAUGAAAAAGUACUAUCUAUCUAUUCAGCAAUUAGUUUAUUUAAGUAUCACUUUCAUCGCCACAGGACAGUGAGAAAUGGACGGAAAAUCUAAUAAACACUAUUCAGUUGAGAAAAAUGAGAAGUGUCUAUGUUAAAACGUAACUUAUGUUAAUUUCAAAUGGGGACGCAAAUUUUUAGUGAUGAAACUGACAAAGAUGCUGAAAGCAUCAUUAAGUAUACAAGACAACCAAAAAAACCACCAGCGUAUGUGCCUAGAAGCCGAUCAUUGGAUGACUUGCCUGGUGGAUUACGUGUACCAAUCCUUAAGAAACCUGAUUCACGUUUCCAACAAAAAUAUGAAGCAAACGUUGCUGGUUUAGAGGAACUCAAAAUGUUACGACAGAAGCAUGGAAAAAUGGUCGAAGACAUAACAGCUACAUUAGUCCCUCAAGAAAAGAAUCAGAUAAGAAGUAGUCCAAUCAGACUAUCGUCUUCAAGUUUAGCUAUUAUCAAAGAAGAGCCACAGGUUAACAGUGAAUUUCAUGUUAGAAACACGAAGGAUGAAAGCCAGCGUUGCAAAGUUCGGUUCAGUAUUUGUAGUGAUGAUUCACUAAAGGACAAUAGCAUGUGUAGUAGUGAAAGUAAUGUAAGUGGAAGCACGGAGUCGCUUACUCAUCCAUCAAGAGAAAUAGAUGACCAAAUAGAAACUCGUACACGUGAACAAAUGUUAGCAAAUUUUCCGACAAUUCAGCCUCCAAUAAUUCAGCAGAGACGAAGGGCCAGUAUUCAGGUGGACACUUUAACUAAUAGUAUGCCACCACCAGUUGACAGAUCAAUCCGUCCAAAACUUCGUAGGGCUAGCUUCCAAUGUGAAGCUGUUAUUACAAAACAGUUUGAAAGGGGAGAUUCUGUUUCUAAAUUAAUAUCAGAUUUUAAACUUCAGUACAACUUUCCUUCUCCUGUACAUGCUGUUACAAGACAGUAUGGCAGUUCCUCUGAUAUAAAAAUGAAAGAUAAGAUGGAGUCUUCACCUAGUGCUGAAAAAGAUUUGAAAACUAUUCUUACAGAAUGGGAAGGUGAUCGGACAGCAAAUAAAAAGCAAACGAAAUCAGGCAGUGCUAACAUUAGUACCAAAGUAAACACUGAAGGAAAUACAAAGUAUAGAACAGAAACAAAUUCUAUCGGACAUGCGCGUAAUCUCAGUUUUACGUCAGAUUAUUUUGGAUCUACGGAAACAUUGAAUACAACGAAGAGCUUUCCUCUUGCAGUCAAAGGAAACGAAGGAAUGCAAAUAAGACGUCAAAGUUUACCUGUGAUAUUGACUAGAAACGAGAGUGUGUCUGAAACAGUGCCGAAGUUACCAGAAAGAAGGAGGUCUCUCAUAGACAAUAAGCCUAAUACAAAAGAUAACUUUAAAAGAGAGUCCAAACUUGAGAGUAAAAUACAAACACAAAGCACUGAAUCUGAUGAUGGCAUUUUUCAUGACGAGGAUGAACUUACUAGACAGGAAUUAACAAAUAAAUUUCACAUAAAUGAUAGGGACAUGGAUGAUGUUUUUCGUCAUAAAAAGCGAAACGAGUCGAGUAGACCAGAAAUUAAAGUAACUUUGGCUUUGGAAACAGCCUUGUAACUGUGAUAAUAAAGAAUAGUCGCUUAUUAUUAUAAAUUCAAUGCUCUGCUUAUUUUUGUUAAAUAAAAUAAUAAAAUGUC